CUGUGAAUGAAAGCCUUUAGAAUACACCAUUUAAAUAUAUUUACUGUACUGAUUAUUUUGAUUGCGUUUAUUAAGCUGUUUAUAUUUUUAUUAUGUAUGCCUCAUUUGUGUUAAUAAACAUUGCCUUGUACUUUGGAAAAGAGCUCUUAAAAUGUAGUUUGACAGUAAUUACUAAAGCUGAAACGGAACAUAAUAGGCUAUGUGGGUGUAGAACUCAUGAUUAGAAAGUAGGAAAGAUUCCAAUUUACUUUAUUUCCCCAUUCUUUUCUGAGAUCUAUUUUGAUCUUUAAAACUUGUCAAAGAGUAAUCACUUGUCAUACACAAUUAUUUCAAUCCUAGAUUGAAAAAGAUCUAUUGCUUAAAAGAGGUUUAAAAGAGUUUUAAACAGAUUUAUUUUAGGUUAUGCAAGAUAGAUGUGACUCCAUUGAAGUGCAUAGAAUUAAACCAUUGUGCAAUGAAUGUGAAUUUGAAGGAACUCAUUGAAACUAUUAAGACAGUAUUACAGUUGUGAAUGUAUGAAAUGAUGGUGACAGGUAUUUAUAAAAACGUUAAAUUUAUUUGCUAGGUUCAUUGAUUUUUAUCCUUGUUACUGAAGUAGACAGGUGGCUAGCAAGUUAAUAAUUUGUAGAAAUACGUGUUCUUACUAAAAACAAAACAAAAACAACAACAGCAACAACAACAAAACAGAACAAUCCCUGUUCACGGAUGAGGAAAUCCAUACAUUUGCUUCAGAUGUAAUGGCUCUGUUUUGAUCAGCAACUUGCCCCUGUCUGCCUGGAUUCCACAACUAUCAAAUCCAACAUGGAAAUCUAGCAAAAAUCAUCCUUUCUGUCCAAGUAGAAACCUGGCUCUGUGGCUGCUUCCCAUUCUAAGUCUCCUGCUUGCUGAGUUCUGCAAACUAACAGAUUCUCCUUGCCAUGUGUGCUCAGUCACUUUGUGCUGUCUUCUCUUCUUCAAGAAUUGCAGUAGCUAAGGCAAGGCUAACAGGAGCGCGAACCUUCGGCUGGCGGACGAACCGCAGCAGACCUCGGGAAUGGUGCAGGAGCAACGCUGGCAGGCAGAACGGGGCAGCUCCUCGAAACCCUAGAAGAGCCUCGCUUCCCGGGGCCACGCCACAUGAGCGCGAAGAGUAAUUUAACGCGGGCUGCGGGCGGGGUCUCGGUGAUGUAACAGGAAGCUCUGAUGGCUCGCUGCUGCCGCCGCUCCUCACUUAGCAGCUGAACCUCUCCCUGCGCUGCCCAGAGCCGCGCUCCUCUGUCGGGCUCUCGGACUGCACCGUGCCCUGCGGGCGCCUGCGCGGCUCCGAGCCGGCCGGCGGGGGAGGCGAAGGAGCAGCUCUCCACUCUCGCUGGGAAGGGGGAUCCAAGUGACCGAGCUCGGAGCAACUCCGCGUGUUUGAGUUAAUUCAAUCACAACAUAAAAUACACUGCGUCAGAUAUAAAAAUGACAAAAAACCGGAUCACAUUCUUGCUGUUCUUCGUCUCAGUUACUUUGUUAUUUGCCACUGCUAUUCCAUCUGAAGGUCAUCAAAAUAUGACAGAGGACUUUGGUCAACUGAGUUUUACACGGAAUAAAAUUAUGACAGCACAGUAUGAAUGCUACCAGAAAAUUAUGCAAGAUCCCAUUCAUAGGAAAGAAGGUCCUUACUGUAACAGGACAUGGGAUGGCUGGUUGUGCUGGAGUGAUGUUGCUGCAGGAACUGUAUCAGUACAGCAUUGUCCCGACUACUUCCAGGAUUUCAAUCCAUCAGAAAAAGUUACAAAGAUCUGUGAUCCAAGUGGGAACUGGUUUAGACACCCAGAAAGCAACAGGACGUGGACCAACUACACCCAGUGUAAUAUCUAUACGCAUGAAAAAGUGAAGACUGCUCUGAACUUGUAUUAUUUGGCCAUCAUAGGACAUGGUCUUUCAAUUGCCUCACUUCUGAUUUCUCUUGGCAUAUUCUUUUACUUUAAGAGUUUGAGUUGCCAAAGGAUUACCCUACAUAAAAAUCUCUUUUUCUCUUUUGUUUGCAACUCUGUUGUAACAAUAAUUUCACUGACUGCAAUUGCCAACAAUCAGGAAUUAGUUGCAGCUAAUCCAGUUAGCUGCAAAGUGUCAAUGUUUAUCUACCUGUACCUAAUGGGUUGCAACUACUUCUGGAUGCUAUGCGAAGGCAUUUACCUGCAUACUCUUAUUGUGGUGGCUGUUUUUGCUGAGAAACAGCACUUGAUGUGGUAUUACCUUCUUGGUUGGGGUUUUCCAUUGAUCCCUGCCUGCAUACAUGCUGUUGCUCGAAGCUUGUAUUAUAAUGACAACUGUUGGAUCAGCUCUGAUACUCAUUUGCUGUACAUCAUCCACGGCCCUAUUUGUGCUGCUCUAUUGGUGAAUCUUUUCUUUCUGUUAAAUAUUGUCCGUGUACUCAUAACCAAGCUGAAAGAUACCCACAAGGCAGAAUCCAACCUAUACAUGAAAGCAGUACGAGCUACCCUCAUUCUGGUUCCCCUGCUUGGCAUUGAAUUUGUGCUGUUUCCAUGGCGACCUGAAGGUCGAAUCACUGAGGAAGUCUAUGAAUAUGUGAUGCACAUCCUUAUGCAUUACCAGGGUCUACUGGUCGCUACAAUUUUCUGCUUCUUCAACGGAGAGGUCCAAGCUGUUUUGCGAAGACACUGGAAUCAGUACAAAAUCCAGUUUGAGCACAGCUUCAGCCACUCAGAUGCUAUGCGCACUGUUUCCUAUACAGUAUCAACAAUCAGUGAUGUUCCAGGCUACAGCUACAACCACGACUGCACCAGUGAACAUUUAAAUGGCAAAGGCUAUCAUGAUAUGGAGAGUGUAGUUUUAAAAACAGAAAAGUUGUAUGGUUGACUGAAAAGACUCUGCAUAUGCCGGUGUUCACCCUCGUAGUUUAUGAACUUGAAGUUUGCUUUAACGACUUAAUGGCCAGAAGAUUGAAUCUAACUUAGGAGUAUGAUAUUCUCCUGAAUGAUGCAAACUAAACCAACUCAUUUUCGUAUGUAUAUAUACACAUGUGUUUGUGUUUUGUCUAUUGAUAUAGUAUGGACAUCCAUACAUAUAUCUAUCUACUUAGCUAUAUAUGUAUGUGUAUUUACAUAAGUAUACAGACGUUGCCUCUUGAGUUUCUACUAUGUAGACAAAGUUGGCAAUAUUUUGUACAAGGGGAAUCAGUGAAUGAAGGAUUUGAUAUUUUCUUGGAAGUUUCUAUGAAGACUGGCUUGUACUGAAGCCACUUCAUUUGCCUAUAGAAACUUAGGGUAUAAAUACCAUACUGUAUUGUCUUAAUCAAACCUAAAACUGAACAAAGGAAAAUAGGUGCAAUAAUCACAGUAGAUUGUCCAGGUUAAUUUUAUGUCCAGUAUUUGAUUCUCAAAAAGCAACAAAAAAACAGUAACAGAUAGUCUAAAAUAAUAGAUUCAAGAUACUAAUGCUGAGCCAGUUUGAUUUUGCAACUAUUUUUAAUGAAGCAUCAGAGAUGCUAGUACAAGUCUAAUAUUCUGUUCACUUGUGUAUUGCAGCAUAACAGUUUACAGAAAGCCUUGAACAAUUUUAUUUAAACUGUUUUCACAUACACAGGAGUGUCUCCUCCUCCUCAAGCUUAUGAAUGCAGGUGAGAUCAAUGAUGAAGCCUUACUGAAAAGUAAGAAAGAGUACAGAAAGAAUAGUAACCUGAAUACCUGUAAGUCCAUCUGAAUAUUAAUUCAAGCUGAUGGAACUUCACUGUGUGCUUAAGCAUUUUACUUGGCUGGGAAAAAUCAUAUACAGAUUUUGUUGUAGCCGUGUUGUUUGUUUUGUUUUUCUUUUAAGUAUUUCUAUGGCCAAUAUGCCUCAUAACAUCAUUCCUCUGUUUUGGAGGGCAAUGUUUUGAUUACAUUUGUGACUUGUAUAUUUAGAGAAAAGAGGACUGGACUGAACGCAGUGAAAAUGAUUUGUUAUCUGUGAAGCCAGUGUGUGACACAGACUAAUCAAGCAAAUUAACACCAAUACCAUAUUAUUCCUUUUUUUUU